AAGUGUCCGUGCUAAAUGAAAGCAAGCAGGUAGCUAUGAGCUGCGCACUGACUAUCUGUGGUUGAACUGCGGAGGUGUGUUGAUGACAGAUCUGCCAAAACCAAAACUGACUUUCUGACAAUACCUCUGCGGCGGACCUGGCUGGACGGUCAAUAAACCACACCUAGGAGUUUGGUCCGGUUUUCUCAGGCCAAAGCCUAGUGUUUGGCUGGGUUUGAAUAUGGCUCUGUCGUUCCUUUUGGUCUUGGCUGCAACUGUGAUUCUUAUCAGACCUGAGACACCCGUAACUAAGGCUUUACAUCAAAACUCCCUUGAGUGCUGUGGCGAGAAGCAGAGAGUGAACAAUUCAUGUUCAAAUGACACCCACUGUGAACCAGGAUGCUUCUUGCGUGUCCUUGACAACAGCAACACUGUUUGCAUAUUCUGUGACUCCGCAGCUGUGGACUUGGAGAACAUAACAGUCUGCGCUUACAACUAUACGGUGGAGAGAAAAAAUCACACAACCGUAACGACUGUCAUUCCUAAAAUUGGAGGGCCAGGUGUGGCAGCCUCACUUCUUCUGGGGACACUGUUGAUCAGCCUGUUCCUGAUCCUCUCUGUGGCCUCCUUCUUCUACCUCAAACGCUCCAACCGACUCCCGGGCAUCUUCUACCGCCGCAACAAGGCCUUCAUAUUCCAACCAAGUGAGACAGCUGUCAUGAUCCCCUCCUCAACAGUGAGGAAGCAGAGAUAUGUAAGGAGGGAGCGGCCUUCAGCAACAUCAACACUGAAUAAUGACACCUUACCCACCACAUCCACCACCCAGGUCUAUAAUGUGUAGGAGGAAAAGGAGGAGGUGGAGGGGUGGGAGUGCCAGCGCAGGUAGGAGAGAGAGAACGCUCAGGAACGAUGUUAGAUUUAGUUAUCGUGUGAGGUCCAGCAGGGUAAAGAAAGACCUCGAGUUGACUUGUUCAAAGGUGGCCAUCUUUAACUGUAGCUGCUUCUGCUGCAUUCUUGUCACGAGGGCUCUUACUUUAUUGCUAUUUAAUAAUAAUUUAAGUGUGAAAUUGA